AUGUCUCUUCCCGUACACCCAUCUGCUCGUUUGCCCUUGGACCGCCACCGUCAAUUGGCGCCGUCCGCAUCGGUUAAAGUAUCUCCGCUCUGUCUUGGCGCCAUGAACUUCGGGGACGCGUGGAAGGAGAAGCUAGGCGAAUGCGGCAAGGAAACAACGUUUGCAAUUCUCGAUUACUUCGUGAGCCAAGGCGGCAACUUCAUUGAAACCGCCAACAACUACCAGAAUGAGGAAUCCGAAAAAUGGAUUGGUGAAUGGAUCUCCCAAAAACAGAAUCGAGAUGAGAUCGUUCUCGCCACCAAGUUCUCGAGCAGCUAG